AUGGCUGUGUUGAAGAUGUGGACUGUGAUGGAGUGGGAGAGAGUGAUUAAGAAAGACAGGAAAGAAAGAGAGGAGCUGGAGAUGCUUAGAGAGCUGGACAAACAACUGCAGCUGAAAGAGAGAAAGAGAAAGAAAGGGAGAGAGGAGAGAAAGAAGAAUCUGCUGGGACAGGAUCUUAUUAGCAAAAGUGAGGACGCUCUGCAGCAUCCAAUAAAGCCUGAGGUAGGUGCGUUUGGUCUGGAAGACAGGGCGAGAUGGCAUCAGAUGGAGCUGCUGAGAUGCAGACAGAGACAUGAAGAGAUAAGAACAGAUCUGGAGAAGGUGAAGGAGAAGAUGGCAGGGAAAGAAAGCCAUAUAGAGGAGAAGGUCCUCGAUGCUGAGGGAGAAAGUUUGAUCCUGUUUCAGCAAAAUACAGAACAUCUGAACUGGAAGGAGAGAGAGCAUGCUCCGAAAUCAAAGAACAGCAGUAAUAUAUUCAGGUCACAGCAUGGAGCUGAGCGCAGGGGCUCUGAGCGAAAAAGGAGCAACAGGCCUUUGAUGGUGACUGACGGAGACGAAAAGCAGCACGGGCCUCCGGAGCAGAAGACACCAGAACCAUUGAGCGGGCCUGUUUCUACAAACGGAGGACCACGGCUCAUCUCCGUAAGACCCCUGAGCUCGAGCCCAGGCCCUGUAGAGGAGCUCAAAGUGACCAGUACCCAGCCAGCUGACCCCACUACACCCACCAGCACAGUGGGUGGUUCAGGGGAUGAGAGCAGCAUUGGACCUGAGGAAGCCAGCCCAGAGCAAGAUUGUACCACAGAGAAUAAGGUGGAUGAGACCAACUCUGACAGCAGGAAAACGUCUGGCAUCACUGUGGACGACUUAUCGGUCUUUGCGUUGCGGCCAGCUCCACAGGGUAUUACAGUCCGGUGUCACAUCAAGCGGGACAUGAAGACCACAGACAACAACCUCCACCCCAUAUUUCACAUGUACCUGGAGGAAGAGGAUGGCAAGAAGAAAUUCCUGUUGUCCGCUAGGAACACAAGUACCACCAUGACAGCUAACUAUGUGAUCUCAGUGGAUCCCUCUGGCUGGUAUCAUGAGGGUGAGAACGUCGUAGGGAAAUUAAGGUCAAACAUGCUGGGGACUAAAUUCACGUUAUGUGGAAAAAGCAGGACCAACAGCAAGAACAGUAGAGCUCUGCUGAAGGGAAGAAACCCACAGCAGGAGCUCACAACAAUCCGCUAUGAGGCCGAUCUAAUGGGAGGUGAAGGACCACGCAAGAUGUCUGUCAUCAUCCCUGGCAUGAACGUGAACUCUGAGCGCUCUCCAGUUCACUCUAUUAAGGAUCAGAGAUCUUUAUUAAAGAGGUGGCAGAAGCCUAAACUGGAGAAUGUCAUCCAGCUGCGUAAUAAAGAUGCAGUGUGGAAUGAUGUCACUAUGGGCUACGAGCUGAACUUCUACGGACUGACACCACGGGCCUCCAGGAGAAACUUUCAGCUCAUUCAUGCCGACAAACCUGACAACAUUCUGAUGGUGUUUGCCCGCAUGGCUGAUAAUGAGUUCACGCUGCACUACUGUUAUCCCUUGUGCGCCCUUCAAGCCUUCAGCAUCGGCCUGUCCAGCAUCCACAGCAAACUGGCCUGCAUUUGA